UUUGUCGCAUUUAUAGCAAACAGCAGUAGACCAGAGAAUAGAAAGAGUGAAGUGAUGCAAACUUGUAGAAUUACUGGAUUAAAGAACAGAAGAAUUUUAAAAUUAUACAGGAGCUGUUCGGAAGCAUAAGCUGCUAUUAGCAAAAGAGAGACGUCCCUGCAUUCAAAGCUACAAUGGAGGAUGGCGAUGCUAGCGUAGCAUCCACUCCAUCUUCAUCCUGUCAAAAGUGUCUACUCUUCUCUACAACGUGUCUCUCCGUACUUUACUGGAUCCUUUCCCUCAUAUUCUACUCACUGGAGCUGCUGUUUGGCUCAUGGUCCGCAGCACUAUACUAUCAAGAUGGCCAAUAUGCUCAGUUUGGCGUUGUCGCAGCUGCUAUUUUGAUACCCACAUUUGUCCUGGCACUUGUAUCCCUUAUAUGGUAUUAUGAUCAAGACAGACUAUACAGGUUGCUAAGGGAGGCACACCCCGACGACCAGGAGCUAAAGAUGUACAAGAGACUCAUUGGGACCUCAUCGAUAUUCUCUCACCUCAUAUGUAUGGGCCAGCUGUACAGGUACGGUCAACUCAUUUAUCUACAUAUCACGAGGUCUAAAGUCUAUGACGUCAUUACGUUACAACGGGAUUCCUCUCUCCUUCGUUUCCUACAUGGUUUCCUCGUUUCCGCUCCUCUCCUCUCAGUCCAACUCUACACCAUCCUAAUGGCAAUAAUAGACUCAAACUUUACUCUUCAGUUAGUCCUAUCUCCUCUACUAAUUGUAUUUGCUUCGGUCGUAUCAUCAGCUGUAUCGUUAUUAUUAACUCUCCUGGUGUAUAUAUUAUCAGAUAGACUUCAUGCCGAGAGGAGAAGGGUCGUCAUACCUGCCUACAUUGUCACUUUCCUUUGGCAUUUAUUCGUCAUUCCAUCACGAAUAUUUGCCAUGGUAUUAUUUGCAGUUGCCUACGGUCCGUACGUAGCCGUGGUCGUUGGGGUCCACUGGGGAGCGGCAAUUAUUUGGACGCUAGCCGAGAGGACAAAUUUCUGCGGGGAUCUUAGCACCACGCCCCCAAAGAAGCGUUACCUUCUAGAGCUCCCGUUUGUGGGUGUGGUCUCUUUUAUAUUUUUAUUCAUUUACUUUAACGUCCGUGACGGCUCCACAAUGGUACGUAUAAUCGUUUAUCACUUACUAACAGCAGUAGAGACCUUGCUCCUCUCAGCUCUCUUCUAUGUCGCUUAUCCAAACCUUUCGCUUUCCCCAUGGGUUUUUGCUCUCUCCGUCAGUUCCUACGGACUGGGCGUGGCCUUCAUGUUCCUUUAUUAUGCUGCCUGGCACCCGAGCAGGACGGAGGAUUGCUUCCUUUGCAUCGGUUGUCCAAAGUCAUGCGAGUGUUGUCCUUGUUUCUCAGACAAAGGAGAGCUUCAUCUUGGUAACGUGGACCUACCACUUGAUGGUGAGAGGAGAAGGGAUAACCCCAGAGAUGAGGAGAGGAGCAGUGGAGGGGAUAUCGAGGGAGAGGAGAGACCAGUCACUGGUAGAAGGACACCAAAUCAAAAUGGCUUUUAUCCCUCUACUCCUCACAGAGCUGGUUCUUCCUCUAUGAAUAAUAUCAACAGAAGUACCGGUGGUACGCCAACGCACGUUAGGCCAUCGCUACAACUUAACAAUCACUUCUCGUCGGCAGUCGAAAUACCACGGAACACUUCCUUAUAUGGGGGCAGUGGGGGAGGAGAAGAAAACCCAUACUCGCUGCCUUUUCAUCACGUGGGCGUGCCCCACACUGGCGCUUUGUCUUUGGAGAAUAUCAAGAGAGUCUCUCCAUACAGAGCUCCUUCACGAGGGAGCCUGAGAGAGGGAGAGGAGAAAAGAUGGCCGGUCAAGACUAAGACAGAGAAUUUACCGAGACGAAUGUUACCACUUGUAACCAACGCCAGUGACCCACGGUCCACCCCAUUACCUCGUCGUGGCUCCGACUCUCAACUACUACCAGGAGCAUCUUUAAACAAGAGCAAGUACAGUAACUUUAACGGUAAGCAGAGACACUCAAUGAUAGUCCAUCCUGACUUGCAGCUGUCUUCUAAUAUUAAUCUACCAUCUCCUAUUGGGGAGGAGCCUGGGGCCCUUGAUGGAGGUAGAAAGUGGUCAUCACCUCUUCCUAUCCUUCACGUUAGCUCUGCUGAUAGUCCUGGGAGGGGGAGAGGAGAGAGGGGGAGAGGCAGGGGGAGGAUUGCUAAAGAGAGGAGAGGGUCUGGCUCACUCCUUCCUUCUCCUUAUUCCUCCUUUAUGUAUGUUACUCCACCAACCCCGACUGUCAAUACUAGCAUGGCUGCUUCUUCUUCCUCAUUGAAUCCAUCUUAUCCCGUUCGAAGCUCCUCACAGCUUGAGACUAGAUUCUAUUUAGAGCCCGGGGCGGGAAUAGGAGUAAAGAGAUAUCGCCAUCGGAGUUUAAGUCCAGAUGUACAUUCGUCCGAAGGUAGUGGGUGUGGCUACCCCGCCUAUUCUAGAUCAGCUAAUGCCACUCCUAAGCAGAGUCCUUAUUCGUCCUGUAGGAGUAGCAGUGGCUGUGCUCCAAGAAAGAGGCGCUCUGGUUCCAGCAAUCCGCUUCAUUCCGGGGACCCAAUGGUAGAGUUUACUCAGCUUUAUACGAGCGGAGCAAGCCCCACCCACAUGAGGAGACCCUCUUCUCGCUCGUCUGCUAGAGUAUCCACAACCUGUGACGAGUCUAGUGAUUGUGGAGCAGGAAGGAGAGGAAGAACUUCGGCUUGUUCCUCUGGUGUUUUUAGCUCCGAUAAAAGUGACACUGGGUUUUCUGUUCCUCCAACCGGUAGCGAGGUCAACGAGCCACGCCCAGUGUUAGGGGUGGAGUCUAAUGAUGGGUGUGGUCGGGGAGAAGAGAGAGGGAGAAAGGACAAAAGAUGGCAGCCUUCUGUUAACUCUGAUGUCGGAGUAAUGGGAGGAGAUACCCUUGUAUGAAGUACACUAUAAUUAUUAUUAUUUUGUUGUUGUUGUUAUUUAUGUUGUUGUGUUGUUGUUGUUGUUGUUGUAUAAUUAUGUGACUCUUUAUUGCAUUCAUUCAGUUCACUUGAUUUGACAUGUAUCAUAAUGAUUAUUAAUACUUAAUUUUAUAUUUAAUCUUUGGCUUAUAUAACUUGUGUAUGAAGCAGA